AAAUUUAAUUGAUCACUCCGUUCAACUCUCUCUCUCUCUCCCGUUUCUCUGGUAAUCGCCACCACCAUCUCCAAAUGGAUCACCAAAAUCCAGAUCAAAUCUCACCGCCUGAUCCAACUCUCACAUCUGAAUCACCAAACCAUGUCCAUCGUUUCGACGUCUCCACCGGAAGUUGCGUUGGCUGCGGCGGACCGACUUCUUUUCCCCCUCCGCCGUCUUGGUCCGAAAAUUCUCCUCCUCCGGCUUAUCGCCCAAUCAGAUCUCCGGCCAUCAACAUUCCUCCUCAUAUCAACACUCAACAAGCCAUCAUUCUCGCUCCCGUUCCUCAAGCGCAGAAAGUCCUAAUGGUCUCACCGCCUUACCAAUUCCAGUCUGCGAUAAAAAAGAUCAAAUCUCCAGAAGACAUCCGCCACUUCCACGACUCCGAUUCCGGUAAGAAUUUCAUUGGCUUUGUCGUCGCGUUAAGUGAUUCCACCCGCGGGAGGAAGAUUUCUGAUCCCUGUCACGAAUCCUCCACUAUCUCCUCCAUUGUCUCCAUUCUCGAAACCCUAAGUCAAUUAAUCGAAGAAGUUCCUCCAGUUGCGCAGUCAUCGCGUUAUGGAAACUACUCGUACAGGACAUGGCAUUCUAGAAUGGUUGAUGACGCAGAUAAGUUCAUGCUCAGUUUUCUUCCGGAUGAUCUGGCCUCCGCCACAGUUGAGUUAGUACCCUAUUUUACUGAUAGCUUUGGAAAUUCAACACGGAUUGAUUAUGGAACUGGACAUGAAACGAACUUCACUGCUUGGUUGUAUUGCCUCGCGAGAUUGGGAUUGAUCAAGGAAGAAGACUAUCAAGCUGUGGUUUCUAGAGUUUUCUCAAAGUACCUCGAGCUGAUGAGGAAGUUACAGUUGGUAUAUUGUCUAGAGCCUGCUGGUUCGCAUGGUGUUUGGGGAUUGGAUGACUACCAUUUUAUCCCAUUUAUAUUUGGGUCGUCACAGUUGAUUAAUCACAAGUACAUGAAACCUAAGUCCAUUCUAAACGAUGAUAUACUUGAGAGUUUCUCCAAUGAGUACUUUUAUGUUUCGUGCAUAGCAUUCACAAAGAAGAUGAAGAAAGGAUUGUUUGCAGAGCAUUCCCCGUUGUUGAACGAUAUUACUUGUGUUCCCAAUUGGAAUAAAGUUAACAGUGGAAUGCUUAAGAUGUACAAAGCGGAAGUCUUGGAGAAGGUUCCUAUAAUGCAGCAUUUCCUCUUUGGCUCGCUCAUCAAAUGGGACUAGAGAUAUCUUAUAAUUAGAAGAUUACUCCUGAAUUGUUUGGGGAACAAUUUUGGUGACAAUAAUGUGUGUACUUUUGUUCUGAUAUGAGUUACUGUUCGAUGAUGUUGCUGGUUUAAAUUUAUCGUUUUUUAGAUAAUCAAAUCGUUAUUUGCGGGUUAAAUAUAUUUGGCUGUUCUCUUUA